GUUUGAUCUAUAAAUAGUUAAAUGUUAUUUUAGUUAAAACAAAAUGUGUGUAUCAAGACUGAAACAGUUUGAGGGUGGUUGGGCUGGAUUGAUAGUACUAGUUUCUUCCUUUCUAACAUGGGUGUGUGCAUUCGGAACAUCGGUUUCAAUCGGCAUCUACAAUUUAGAUUUUGCUGACUACUUCAACAUAGGAUCUGCAGAAGUCUCACUAAUAGGUUCCAUUAAUACAGGAUUUCUAUUCGGUGCAGGUCCUAUCGCCGGUGUUCUGAUGUCUAAAUGGAGCUACAGGAAGGUUGCUGUUGUUGGGGCUAUAUUAAGCAGUAUUGGACUGGUGGCAUUUGUGUUUUCACCAAACGUUUUAUACGCUUACUUCUUCUAUGGUGUUCUAAAUGGGUUGGGCAAUUGUUUAGCGGUGACGGCGUCGCAGGUGUCCUGUGGUCAACAUUACGUCAAAUAUAGAGGAAUAACGUCUAGCUUUGUCAUUUCCGGUACCGGAUUUGGCUCUGCUUUAUUUCCAAUCAUUAUUAAUUAUUUGAUAAAAGUAUAUGGUUGGAGGGGAUCGCUUUUGUUUUUAAGUGGUAUAAAUCUACAUAUGCUCGUCUUUACUUUAUUACUGCUACCUGUAAAAGCUUCUUCACAAAUUCAGUCUGAUCGGCGUUUAGAAAAUAAAAUGAAAAACAGAAAAAAAAGCCUGUCUGAUAUUUAUAAUGAUAAGAGUCAUGAAAUUAAAGAGGAUAUUGAGACUUUAGGCAAGUUUCAAAUAAAAUGUAAAUACUACCUGCAGAAAUUAAAAAGAAACAUAAGCACAAUUUUAAAUUUUAAAUUUUUCAUAUUCUUGACCAGCACGAUUCUGUUUAAUUUUGGUUAUAACGCUAUUGUGAUAUUUCUACCUCAGCAUUCUAUUGCUAUUGGAUAUAAUGAGGGCACAGCUUCAUUGGCACUGACUCUUGUUGGGGCAGGUUUAUUUGUUGGAUGUAUAAUUGGUAGUUUACUUGGUAAUUAUAACUGUAAAAUUAUUGUACUCAUUAUUGGCUCCUUCGGUUUUGGAAUUUCGUCAAUAUUGAUAAAAGUUUCCCAAGUGCAAUAUAUGUACAUGUCACUGUCAUUUUUGGCCGGGUUAUCAAGUGGUUUAGAGACGGCUUAUCUUUUAACAAUCGCCUGCGAGAUAUUAGGUGAUGAUGCUAUGGCCAUCGGUUUUGGAUUCGUUCUGUUUGCUGUAGGAGUCGGGUGUAUGAUAGGUCCACCAAUCACAGGUUAUCUUGUUGACAAUUAUCAAGACACAGAUUACGUGCUAUAUGUAUCAGCAAUUGUGACAAUACUAUCAGGCGUAAUUAUGCUUCCAUACCCACUUAUAUCUGUUGUGAAGAAAUGUUCUAGAUCCAGGACAAGUGAGCAGUCUACUCAUCCAAGUCAAUCGACAAUCACAUUGGUUAGUGUGAUAACGGACAUGAAUGAAAUACAUGUACAAUGAUAUUAACUUUUAAUCAUACAUUAUUUCAAACAACUUCAGAACAUAUAAAAUCAUUUAGUAAUUUACAAUACAGGCAUGAAGUGUUGACCAGUAAGCUGGGCUUAUAAAGGUCUUCUGCCUAUAGAUUUACAAUGCAUACAAUACGUUUUUACAUCCUUAUUUUAUGUAAAUAAAGAUGAGAUUGUUUCCUACAUUAAGUUGUAAUCUAGAGCAAAAUUAUAAACAAACAAAGAAAUGAAA